AUGGGUAAAGGAGACCCCAACAAGCCAAGGGGCAAAAUGUCCUCAUACACCUUCUUUGUGCAGACCUGCCGGGAUGAGCAUAAGAAGAAACACCCGGACUCCUCAGUAAACUUUGCUGAAUUCUCCAAGAAAUGCAUGGAGAGAUGGAAGACCAUGUCUGCAAAGGAAAAGUCACAGUUUGAAGAUAUGGCAAAAAGUGACAAAGCUCACUAUGACAGGGAGAUGAAAAAUUACAUUAAUCCCAAAGGUGAUAAGAAAGGAAAGAAGAAAGAUCCCAAUGCUCCUAAGAGACCACCAUCUGCCUUCUUCCUCAAAAGUGAACACCCAGGCCUGUCCAUUGGGGAUACUGCAAAAAAAACUGGGUAAAAUAUGGUCUGAGCAGUAGCCAAAGAUAAACAGUCAUAUGAACAGAAAGUAACUAAGCUAAAGGAGAAAUAUGAAAAGGAUUUUGCUGCAUACCAUUCUAAGGGCAAAAGUGAAGCAGGAAAGAAGGGUCCUGGCAGGCCAACAGGCUCAAAGAAGAAGAGUGAACCAGAAGAUGAAGAGGAAGAGGAGGAAGAGGAGGAUAAAGAUGAUGAGGAAGAGGAGGAGGAUGAAGAAUAA